ACACACUUCCUCUUGAUUUUCUUUCUUUAUUCUCACCGGUUUCUUUAGCUGGAAAACUAACACCACCAGUCAAGAUACUAAAAUCAGAUCCACCACAAGUCACACUUUCUUGAAAACCAAUCCGGGUUUUCCAUCAAUCGGGUGUGGUGGGUCGGGUCAUAAGAGUUUGAAGGUGGAAAAUGAGGAUGAGUGAACAAUGGGGUGGUGGAAGAACAGCAGCAAUUUCCUUUAGAAAUGCCACAAUCAUUGUUUGUUUCUUUAAUUUGAUUACUGUUUUGUUUUUGAUUCAUACCUUUAUUUCUCCACCUUCUAAACCCUCCAAUGAUUUAGUUCUGCUUAAGUAUAUAAAGGAAUCCGAAGAGCUACGCCUUGCCCUGGAACCUGCAGAACUUAUUAAAAGAGUAAGAGAAAUUGAGAGAGAAGCUCGUGAAGAAGUUGAAACUGGGCAAGAGAAAGAUGCAAAACAAUCAGCUGCACUUGAUUUAAUAUCGAGGUUGAAUAACCAUCGAUCCUAUUCGGAUGCUGACAAUCAAAAAGCUCUAGAGGAAUGGCGGAAACGAAAGAUGGAACGAGCAAGACAACGCGGCUAUGGUAAAAAUGGAACCACCUCCUUUCAAGGAUAAUUUUUUUUCCGCUCAUGGCAACAAGUUCGUUCAAGUAUGUAUAUAAGAAUGAGAAAAGCUUACAAUAUGCAACUUGCUGAACUAUCUGUAACAAAUGCGUUUUCAUUUUAUACUUGACGAUUGAGUGUAUGUACAAUACACAGUUACACACACACAUCUAUAUAUGAAGAUUUUGAUUCAUGUA